UAUAUGUGGCCGUGGCUCUGGCACUAGUGCUAGUCUGGAGGCGCUAACACUAACACUAACAGAGAAUCAUGUUUUCGGCCAGAAAGAGAUAGACGGCGACAGGGUGAAUCAGAACCCGGCCAUCCUCUCCACGGCUCGAAAUAGCAGAGGAGAGGAGAGCAGAGCAUGAAGAGAUUCCAUGGGCAGAGAAAAGCGGCCUCGAUAGGAAUUUAGAAAUUGGGCCAUGCAUUGCUGCAGGCGCGUGCUGAAUCCUCCAUGCUGUCAUCGUGCUUCAGAAUUCGGCCAGUCUGUCGCGAUGUUUUCCCGUAGGACCGUGACUGUGUGGGAGAGCCAUAGAGCUCUGUGUCGCCGAUGGACGGACGAAAUUGCUGGAGCUGCUGCAGGGAGGAUUGUUUUGCAGCACAAGGAGGAGUUUUGUCGCAGCACUUCUGGUACCAGGGCUAGCAGUGGACUCCUUGGUUCUGGUGCUUUCAUCAGAUUCAAAAGUUUGAAGGCAGUAUGCACUGUCAGUGCAGGUGGAGGAAGGAAUUAUGGCUCGUACAAUACAGCAUUGCAUCAAUUACCCAAUGGCCAGGUUAGUUAUGGGUGGAAGAGAAGACCGAGGAAGCAUGAAUCACAUCUUUUUUCACGCCGAGGAUUUUGCCAUGAAGAAGCUUUUGUUCCUGAGAUUCGGCGGCCUAAAAGUUUUCGUUGGAAUCGGGGCAGAAUUGUCGUUAAGGCAGCCAGCCAGGCAUCUGUACAGACAACCCAGGCUCAAGCAGUUUUAAAGAAGGGAGCCCUGAUGGAAUUUGAACGAGAGAGUGGCAAACUUAUCCUUGCAGUGGCACAGAAACCCGACGGCAAGAAAAAUUGGAUUGCUGUUGACCAGGGAGGCAAUACUUAUUCUGUCAGACCACAGCAGAUUACUUACGUCGUGCCUGGCAUCGAGGAUUUCAAUCCCAGUAACAUCGUCAGUUUUCUACGUUCAGUAGAUGAUCUAGAGGACAUGGAUUUGUUGGAAGUCGCAUGGGAGGAAAUGUCUUCAGAAAAGUUGGUCUUUCCUGAAAACCUUGCGAAGGUUAUUUAUUCAGAGACAUCUCCUAUAGAGUGUUACACUGUACAUCGAAUGCUUUCUAAUAAUCAGAUAUAUUUUCGAUGCAAGCAACAAGGACUCAAUCCCACAUAUGAACCUCGGCCUCCAUCUCAGGUGAAAGAGCUGCUGCAGAAGCACCUCGCAGACGAGAAAGCACGCAAACUUUUACUAUCGUACGUAGCAGCAGUGAAAGCAGCUCUCCAGUGUCCGCAAGGUGAAAAACCUGCUGCAAGUACCUGGAGUGAGGAUGACUAUUUCCACACAAGAACUGAAGCUUUGAAAUCUUAUGUUUUAAAGCCUCAGAAAGAUCCCACUCAUAAGAAAUAUGCUGAAGAGGUGCUGGAGACUUUAAAUCUUACAAAAAAUCCAGUAAUUGCCUUGAACCUUCUAAUCGGCAUGGGGGUAUUUCCACUACAUGUCAAUGUUGACCUAGUAAAGAUGAAAGACCAGUUGGAGUUUACCAAGGAUCACCUCGCCGCUGUAGAACAUUUUCUCAACAGUCCUCAAGAUGAUCCAGAUAUGGGAACCCGUAAAGAUUUGACAGCACUUAAGGUCUAUACAAUAGAUUCUGAAGAUACUGAUGAGAUAGACGACGGGUUGAGCGCAACAAGGCUCGCUGACGGUCGGAUAAAAGUCUGGGUUCACGUAGCAGACCCCACUCGCUGGUUGCCUCAUGAUCAUAUACUAACCAGGGAAGCAGAAGCGCGAGGAACGUCGAUUUACCUGCCAGAUGGAACCGUUCCAAUGUUUCCGAUGGAGUUAGCUGCGGGUGUGAUGAGCCUUAAGCAGGGUACCGAAUGCUGUGCUGUUAGUGUGUCAGUAGUUCUUCAUGAAGAUGGCAGCAUAGCAGAGUAUGCUGUGAUGAAUUCCACAGUUCGGCCUACAUAUCGACUGUCUUAUGACAAUGUGACGGAACUUCUACUUAUGGAAGUACCAGAGGAGCCAGAGCUUUAUUUACUAGCAGAGGCUGCCACAAUGCGUGCGAAUUGGCGUCAUUCUCAGGGAGCCAUUACUGCUCAAGUUCCAGAAACGGAUGUGAAGGUGACGAAUGCUGACUCACCAGAUCCUACUAUAGAACUCACCGUCAAAGAUCAGUCAACUCCUGCUAUGCAACUCGUUGCAGAGAUGAUGAUUAUGUGUGGAGAAGCUAUAGCCUCGAUCGGGGAAGAAAACAGGUUGUCUUUACCUUAUCGAGGACAGGCCCAGACGGAUUACGGUUCACGAGAACUCUCAAACGUUCCAGAUGGACCUUGCCGAGCCUUUGCUACUCGUCGUCUUUUAGGAGCCGUGGACAUGAGCUCCACGAGAAAAAUGGCUCAUGCGUCUUUAGGUCUACCUGGAUACGUGCAAUUUACAUCGCCGAUCCGUAGAUAUGGUGACCUUAUUGCCCAUUAUCAGGUCAAAGCAUUCCUGCGUGGAGAUGUGCCUCCUUAUAAUAGUGGCAGUGUGGAAGCUAAAACCGCCCUAGCAAAUGUUCGAUCCAAAGAAGCCAGGAGAUUACAGAGUUCAGCUGUUCGUUACUGGACCUUGGCAUAUUUCCAGAGGCAGCCGAAAGGGAAGAUUUAUGAGGCCGUUGUUCUUCAGUUCAUGAAAGAUCGACAGGCGUCAAUCUUCCUCGUAGAUGUGGCUUUCAAAUGCUCAGUCAUGCUCACCUCUUCAGUCUCUGUGGGAAGUGAGAUAUUAGUUGCCAUUCACGAAUCUGAUCCGCGGAAGGACGUGCUAACUUUGAAACAUUUGUCGAAUCUUUAAGGAACUAGAAGAAGCUUUUUAGAAGUAAUGAAGAGUUGCAUGUCUCACAUCCAUUUUCUACUCUCUUUUAAGAGAAGGAGAUGCAUUCUUUCCAUCUCACUGACCAAUCAUGAGCCGACAAAAUAUCAUUUUGUGCCAGAUAGAGGUCAAUUGAUUUUUGCAGGUUCAGGAUUUCGAGUGAGUGUACGGUGUAGUCACAGUCAUAGUAAAGAGGUAAUAGACAGUCAAGAGAUCAAGUAGAGCUUGCAAGACGCAAGCAAGGCGUAUACAUUUGUCGCUCAUCUAGCAAUGCUUUGAAGUGAAGCAAUUCCGAGCAGGAAUAUUGUAUUGUACCAUAUUUGGCCAACCGUUUAAUUCUUCUUCACGGGCAUUCCCAAUGAUCGG